AAUCACUUCCAUCUACUAAAGCACGAUUGUUAUUCGAGCAGACGAGUCAAGGCACAGAAAUGGCUUUUAACGCUUUCCAUUUAGUCAUGAUCAUGGUGCACAUGGUUGUCGUAUUUCAGUCAGCAAGUAAGUAGAAGGAUAGCCAUGGCCAGGUGGCCUGCAUUUCAAAUGAAUUCAAACUUAUCUGAGCAUUUCUUUUUAACACUUUCAAUAUGCAUGAAACCGAGUGCCGUUUUCACUAGCAAUUUGCUUCUGGUAUCUGCCCUGCUUUGUUUGAUGAUUCGUUCUCAUACAGGUUGCAUAUUUCGAUCUCAAACAGAUUCUCUGAGUUGUUACACAUGCACAAGUAAAACGUCGUGGGCAGAUUGCAACUCAAAGAUGACUAAAUUAGAAUGUCCAUCGGGUUCACCCAACUGUGUCACGGGAACGUUGACCUGUACAAAUCUCGAUGACAAGGAAACCGUCUUUUACAAGAGAUGUGGCGCCCCGGGAGACGAUUGUGGCCCGAGAAGGGCCGAUUAUCCCACCUGUUCAUCUUCGUCAUCCAUAAGUUGGUCGUACUCUUACUCCAGCAACUGCUGUUCAGGAAACAAUUGCAACUCGGGGUCAUUCCACAGAAUCAACAAAGCGAAUCUGGGAAUGUGUAUGGCAAUAAUCAUUUUGGCUCUUCGUCUGAUACUUGCCGAGCGUUUCUAA